AUGAUUUACGUAGUUCCCGAUCUACUUGAAGAAAUUUUCCUUGGAUUGCCUUUAAAAUCAAUCCUCAGAUUCAAAACCGUCUCAAAACAAUGGAGAUCAAUCCUGGAAUCGAAGAGUUUCGCGGAGAGGCGUUUGAACGUUGAGAAGAAGGAGAAAAUUCUGGCUGUUGGAGACCGGACUGAGUUGGGAUUCGAAGGUGAGGAAGAGAUCCAGAUGGUCUAUUUACACUGCGAUAUUGACGCCACACGACCCUCUCUGACAUGUGAGGGUUUGGUGUGUAUCCCAGCACCAGGUUGGAUCAACGUUUUGAACCCAUCGACCAGACAACUCCGGAGAUUUCCUUGUAGCCCUAAUCAUCACGUGCCCUCUGAUCGUAUUCGUUUUCAGUUCAGAGACGAACUAUACCUCACUUCCUUUCCGGGGAAUUGGGAGAUGGGAUUUGGUAGAGACAAAUUUAAUGGUAGCUAUAAAGUGGUGAGGAUGUGUUUUAGUCCUGUGGAAAAAUGCGAGGUUCUUGAUGUUGAAACUGGGGAAUGGAGUGAACUGAAUCCACCUCCUAACGAUAUUGACGUGGGAAGGAAGUCAGUGUGUGUGAAUGGGUCAAUCUACUGGUUAAAAAAUGUUUAGCGUUUCGGAAUCCUAGCCUUGGAUCUUCACACACUAGAGUUCCACAAUGUUUCCGUUCCAUCUACGUGUUGCACCAUGAGUGCCCAGAUGGUGAACCUUGAUGACCGUCUAGCCAUAACUAAAACAAACGGUGCGCCAGAAUGGGAGCUAGAGAUACUGAGCCUGAUGGAUGUAGACAAAGAAAUAUGGAGCAAGACUUACUCCAUAACUUUAGCCAGUAUCAUUAUUAACCACCCAUGGGAGUCUAGUUGGUUCACGGUGUUGACGGUUUCUAAGCUAGGGAAUCUUGUCUUUUGUGACAAUCACAAGCGGUUGUUUAAAUAUAAUACCGAGACAAAUGAGAUUUGCUGUCUCUCCUCAGAUAUUUCUGUUAUAUCUCCUUAUCUCGAGGAUUUGGUACCACUUCGUUUGGACUCAGGACAUGAUCAUCGGGAUUACAAAAUCAGGACAUCUAGUUGCGGAUUGUUUUCGAAGCAUCCGGAGGCAGGGUUAUUCAAGGAGAUCAUCACUUUUCGGUUUGUGUUUGCCACUCUAGUUCUAGUUGGUUAUCAGUAUUAUAGAUCAUUAAAAUUCAAGUAGGUGGAUUCUUCUCUAUGUGUUUUACCCUCUUG